AGUUAAUUUAUCUAUGGCUAACAUUUUGUCAAAUAUUCGUAAAUAUUUCGGUAAAUAUAAGAAAAAUGAACCGAAUUCCCAUAUACGAAGAGUACAGGUUGAUAGAAAGAAGUGAGAAUGAAAUUAAUGGAGCAUGGAAAGGAGCCCACCUCCUUCUAUUCUUCUUAGCAUUCGUGUUUGGUUCGUUCUGCACGUUUUGCUUCCACAUGCUGAUGUACCUGUUCGAUGAGAAGUGCGUGCUGUUCCCGAAACUCCUCUCCCUCACAUCACAUAAACACAACGUCAUUUACGAGUUCAUGCCGGCCGCCAAAGAUCUUGGCGAUUUACCUGUGGACUUCCUGAGCACCCAAUGGGUUGAGAAGAGCACCUGUUCUCUUCCAACGUACAUGCCACUGGUUUCUGGCAUCUUCGGGCUCGUGUGGACCACCAUGUUCCUUAUGUGCUCUACAGGCAGCAGAACAUUAACUGGCUUACAACGGCCGUGGCGAGUGCUGCCUCCCGUAUUUGUGUUCUCGUUAGCGAUGGGCGGCCUGUGCGUCUACUCGUCCGCAAUCACACACUAUGGGUUACAAGAACUCUGUGUUAAGCUAGGGGAGAUCACCGGCAGUCCCACUUGCUCAUACACAAUAAACAUAGCGACACUGACGUAUGAGCGGCGUAUCCGCGGCGUGUACCAGGCGACUCGGCUCACGAUACUGUCGGCGUGGCUGCACACCUUCUGCUGGCUGUUCUCCGCAGUCCUCGCUCUCGUCCGCGUCCUCCUGGCCGUGGACUUCCAGCUGGUGCGCGUCAGCGUCCAUCUGCAUGGUGACAUCGAUUCUAUACUGGAGAAACACGAGGUCCAAAUUAACACUGUUUCACCUGAAACUUGGUUCAACGAAAAAGAGGAAUCUCCAAGCGAUACAAAACUUCCUAUCAUGUUACAACAGCUGCCGCUUAAAUCAAUACUUCGUGCUGAAGAGGGAAGCGCACCCGCACUACCAGUACAAGAAAGUGAACUCCUAUACCAAACACAGCAUGACUUGGACCAUUUACCUUCAAUGACGUAUGACCUAGUAACUCCUGUGGCUAGCCCAGAAACUGCUAAAAAGGUCCCAGAAGACAAAUCAACUGUCGAAUGGUUAAAAAAUUUAUUAGGCGAUUUAAUUUUGUCAAGCACUUCUGGCAAAAGCUCAAAAUUUCCACAUUCAGUCUACUCAGUCGAAAAUGAAAGUCAUUCAAAAGAAAUAUCAAGGCAAUUCGCACAGGAAGAAAUCUUUGAGCCCAAAGUUGAAACAACUCCGCAUCAGCUUGACAGUAUUAUGCUAAGGGAUAUUCAAAAGGCUAAGAGAACUAAGAAAGAUCUUGUUUCUUUUGACGAUGACAUUAAUUCAAGACCUUCUACUUCCAAAGAACCUACAGCAUACGUUACCGAAAUGGACAUUACUGCAGACAAGCAAAGCAAAUUUGACAACGAUGGCGCAUCAAAUAAAACGGCGGAACAAAUAAAGGAGGCAACUUCUAAAAAUCAGAAUGGAAAGAAAUCUAAUUUAAAAACAAUUGCUAUUCAAACAGAAAAACGCAAAUAUAAGAAACGUACACGUGUUCAGAUAUCGGAGACAAAUGUCCAAAUAAAAUCUGAUUCUGACCAGCAGACGUCUACAACGACGGAUAAAAAAGACGUUGAUAAAGAAACACAAACUAAAGAGAAAGAAAAACAAGAUUAAGUAAUUACAAUAAACGGACUAUACGCUAGAUUUUGCAUUAAUUUCGAUAUUGUCAAAGAGUAAGUUUGUACUUGAUCACUGUGUAGUUAAUAAAGUUAUUUGCCAUUAUUA